UUUAUUGUAAUUAUUAUUUUGUAUCCUUUGUCUGAUUCCCCUCACAUCUCAAGUUGUAUUUAUCCCCCCCUUCCAGAUCUACAAGCAACAUUCUUGUCCGUUUUUCCUGCAGUGGUUUGGCUUUCUUUGUCCUUACUUUGCAGGAUAUGUGAAUGACUGGACACACCACUGCAGCUGUUAAAAUUGAGAUGAAUCAGGAUUUGCAACAAUGCAGCCAAUGUCCCUCUAGCAAUGAGUAGUGGGUAACGUUAACCCCUCCCUUCCUUCAAGUGCUGACACUGAGACUUUCAAAGGGAUAGUGAACUUGGAAACUCUAAGAUAAGGAAGCAUCUUGCUAAGUUCCUUCUCUAACUUCUCUUCGUAGGAUACACAUCAACAGCAGGAGCAGGCAGCCUCAAAAAUUCAUUAUAUAAUUACACCAGGGGUUCAGCAGGCUGAACAGAGAUGCACGUGUAAUUCUUGCAGUGGAUACUGUACAAGUAAGUUAAGAAAGAAAGAGAAGACCAAAGUGGGGGAGUGACAGAUGAGAAGUGCAGAAUGUGAGACGUUGGGGCGAGGGAGGAGAGCGGAGGAAGGAAGCUAAAAACUGAAAGAGAGAAAAAGAGGACAAUCUCUGUGGGUAGGACACCUACAAAAUAAAGAAGGGAACGAAUUAACACGUGAAAGAAGAAAGAAAUGCCAGUGCUAAGACAGGGUAUAGUAUAACAUAGAGAAUUCACUAGACAGAUGUUGAAAGAAGCAGAUGUUGGGGUUAUUUUGACUCCCCGGUAAAUCUACACUGAGCCCCACGUGCUGGAAAUACGUGGAAUGUGGUCAGAAGGAACAGUCUAUGAAAUGAUUGAGCUGAAGCCUAUGUUGCCAUGUGAUGGACUAGACUUGGCACAGGGCACCAGAGGUGGGCAUCGCUUGGAACGCACCAACGCGGUUCGGAUUCCACCUGGCAGAGCUCCCCCCAUCCUUCUGCGCAGUCUCCGAAGGAGAGGAGUCGAGGGGCAGAAUAACACUGUGCCCAGUAAAGUAGGAGAGGGACACUACUUCAAACCAACCUCUCAUACACAACAUACCUGGUGCGACCUCUGUGGAGACUUUAUAUGGGGCAUCUACAGGAAAAGCCUCCGCUGCACAUACUGCAGUUUCACAUGUCACUAUCGAUGCCGAGCGCUUAUAAGAUUAGAUUGCAGCAGAGUAACUGAAUUUGAGAGUGAUGUGGAUUCUACUCUUGAGACCUCAUGGGAAAAAGACACUAAUGUGGAUGAAAAGCCUGAAAAACAGCCAGAAGCGCUUAGCCAGAAAGAGAUUGAAACGAAGAUCAAGGACUUCAACUCCCAGAUAAAAAGCAAUCUUUUCAUGAGUAUGAACAGAGACGGUUCUUACACUGGAUUCAUUAAGGUUCAGCUGAAACUUGUCCGCCCAGUUUCUGUGCCUGCCUCUAAGAAGCCUUCAACUGUGCAUGAUCGGAAAAGCGUAGGGCGGUCCCAGCCAGUGAAGCGCAGAACUUCUUUCUACCUCCCAAAGGACGCUUCCAAACAUCUACACCUGAGCUCACGCACACCAGCAAGUGAAGUCAUCCAGGCACUGCUACGAAAGUUCACCGUGCUCGAUAAUCCCCGAAAGUUUGCACUGUUUCAGAGGACCGAGAAGGACGGACAAGUGAGCUUGCGAAAAUUGUUAGACGAUGAGGAACCAUUAAAGCUCCGACUGCUUUCUGGGCCCUGUGACAAGACCCUGAGCUUUGUGCUGAAGGAAAAUGAGACUGGAGAAGUGAAUUGGGACGCCUUCAGCAUGCCAGAGCUGCACAAUUUCUUGCGCAUUCUACAACGAGAGGAAGAAGAGCAUAUGCGACAAAUUGUGCAACGCUACAACCGCUGUCGGCAGAAAAUGCAAGAAGCACUAGCAUCACACACACCUGGCUGAAACACAUGCUCAAGCAAAGAAAGGAGAGCAUGAAGACAGCGAGACUGAUCCCAAUGAUGCAAACAUAGUAUGACUGGAGACUGAGUGUGGGAUGAAGAACUCCCAGGUGUUCAAGGGGGGCUGACAGAUUCCCCCCAGGAGCGAUGUGAGUGAAGAAUGGGUGCCUGCAUGGGACACGAGGAGGUGCAUCUAUGCCUGUGAGUGAUGCACAAUAUGAAUGAGGCUGGCAAGUGGCAAGAUCUGUGUCACUUGCAGAAGCCUCCAAGCUGCAUAGCUGAUUCAAGAAGAAACAUUACUUUUAUGUUUGUAUUGUUCUUUUUGUAUGUUUGUUCGUGCUACAUUUACAUUGUGAGGACUCUACGAUAAACUGAGCCUUUAGAAUACAGCUGGCCAAUCAACUGGUCACAGAAGGGGAAGUAAUUAUUUGUGGUUUUGAACCUGGUACCGUUUCUGUUUUUCACUGUGCACUAUACACCCAUAAAAGGUUUUUGCAUGACAUAUGCUCUGUGUUUAUAUUUGUGCUACACUACCUAACAUUAAUUUAGGGACCCUUUUUCAGCAAAUGUCUGCUACCAAUUCUUUAAGUGUCCGAUAAAAUGGUUGUGGAAAAUGUAA